UAGUUUCGAUGGUGGUUUCGACGGUGGUUUCGAUGGUGGUUUUCGAUGGUGAUUUUGACGGUGGAUUUGAUGGUGGUUUGAUGGUGGUUUUUGAUGGUGGAUUCGAUGGUGGGUUUGAUGGUGGGUUUGAUGGUGGAUUCGGUGGUGGUUUUGAUGGUGGUUUUGAUGGUGGAUUUGAUGGUGGUAUGAUGGUGGAUUUGGUGGUGGUUUGA